AUGACAACCAAAAGGAAAAUUAUCGGCCGCUUGGUGCCCUGCCGGUGUUUUCGUGGUGAAGAAGAAAUCGUCUCAGUGUUAGAUUACUCUCACUGUGGCCUACAGCAGGUGCCAAAGGAAGUUUUUAAUUUUGAACGGACAUUAGAGGAGCUUUACCUAGAUGCCAAUCAAAUUGAAGAGCUACCUAAGCAACUGUUCAACUGUCAAGCUUUACGCAAACUGAGUAUACCAGACAAUGACCUUUCAAGUCUGCCAACCACUAUUGCUAGCUUAGUUAAUCUCAAAGAACUUGAUAUCAGUAAAAACGGAAUUCAAGAUUUUCCAGAAAAUAUUAAAUGUUGUAAGUGUUUAACAAUUAUUGAAGCCAGUGUCAAUCCAGUCUCUAAGCUGCCAGAUGGCUUCACACAACUUCUAAAUUUGACCCAGCUCUAUCUAAAUGAUGCCUUUUUGGAGUUUCUUCCAGCUAACUUUGGAAGACUUGUCAAAUUGCGAAUUUUGGAGUUAAGAGAAAAUCACUUGAAAACUCUACCAAAGUCAAUGCACAAACUGACUCAACUGGAAAGACUUGAUCUGGGCAAUAAUGAAUUCUCUGAACUGCCUGAGGUUCUCGAACAAAUACAGAAUCUAAAGGAAUUGUGGAUGGACAAUAAUUCUUUGCAAAUACUACCUGGGUCUAUAGGGAAGUUAAAACAGCUCGUGUACCUGGAUGUGUCAAAAAACAGGAUAGAAACUGUUGAUUUGGACAUAUCGGGAUGUGAAGGACUGGAAGAUCUCCUGUUGUCAUCCAAUAUGUUGCAGCAACUGCCAGACUCCAUAGGACUGUUGAAAAGGCUUACAACUCUAAAAGUAGAUGACAAUCAGCUUACAAUUCUGCCAAAUGCAAUUGGAAAUUUAUCUUUAUUAGAAGAAUUUGACUGCAGCUGUAAUGAGUUGGAGUCCUUACCUUCUACCAUUGGCUACCUUCAUAACCUGAGGACGUUGGCUGUGGAUGAGAAUUUCCUUCCUGAACUGCCCAGAGAAAUUGGAAGCUGUAAAAAUGUAACAGUGAUGUCUCUGCGCUCUAACAAGCUAGAAUUUCUUCCUGAUGAAAUUGGUCAGAUGCAGAAGCUGAGAGUGUUAAAUCUGAGCGAUAACAGACUGAAGAAUUUACCAUUCACUUUUACUAAACUUAAAGAACUUGCAGCUUUGUGGCUUUCUGACAACCAGUCCAAGGCUCUCAUUCCACUGCAAACUGAGGCUCACCCAGAAACAAAGCAGAGAGUACUGACUAACUACAUGUUUCCCCAGCAACCCCGCAGUGAUGAAGAUUUCCAGUCAGACAGUGAUAGUUUUAACCCUACGUUAUGGGAGGAGCAGAGACAGCAACGUAUGACUGUUGCCUUUGAAUUUGAAGAAAAAAAGGAAGAGGAGGAAAAUGCAGGGAAAGUUAAGGCCCAGGCACGCAGUACCAGAGCUGUUCAGGAUGCAAUGGAUGCUCUUGUUGCAGUGCUUCUUACCUGGGCUGUUUGCUCAUCCCUGGCAGCUGCUGCCAAAGUCGUGGUCUGUGGAGCAGAGUUUGCGUUCCCAGAGGGGUACAUUGGUCAGCUGCAGUCUCACCCCGGUUGCAGCAGAACACAAGAAGGGCAGCCUGUGGCCCGUCGUGCUGCCAGCGGAAGGAGUGGUUUGUAUCAUGUUGAAAUAAAUCUAAAACGUUACCCCACUCCAUACCCGGAGGAUUUAAAGAAUAUGGUAAAAUCAGUUCAAAAUCUGGUGGGCAAAACAAGCCAUGGAGUACGGCCUGAGAACUCAACACCAACUGCGAACAGUGAACAAACUGUGAAAGAAAAGUAUGAGCACAAGUGGCCCAUGGCACCAAAGGAGAUUUCAGUGGAGGAUGCCUUUGGACAUCCUGCCAGUGAGAUGAGGAUAGGGGAACUUCGUCCUUCCAUGCCAGAGACUCCGUUGUACCCACCCAAACUUGUUCUUCUGGGUAAAGACAAGAAAGAAUCGACAGAUGAGUCUGAAGCAGAUAAGAUCCAUUGUCUGAAUAACAGCGUUUCCUCAGGCACUUACUCAGACUAUUCCCCUUCCCAGGCUUCCUCAGGGUCCUCCAACGCGCAUGUAAAAAUGGGGUCCUUGCAGACAACGGCUAAAGAAGCAGUGAAUAACUCUUUGUGGGGGAACAGGCUGGCACAGUCAUUUCCACAGCCCCUUGAAACAAAGCCAUUGCUGAGCCAGCGGGAAUCCGCUGCGGCGGGGGACCUGCCACAGCGCACCGACAGGCGCCCACUGAGCGACACCUUCGCUGACAGCUGGAACGACAGCUCGCACUAUGAUAACACAGGGUUCGUUGCAGAGGAGGGCACGGUGGAGAAUCCUAGUGCUAACCCCCUCCUGAGCACGAAAUCCAGAAGCACAUCUGCACAUGGACGCAGGCCGUUGAUUAGACAAGACAGGAUAGUUGGCAUUCCCCUGGAGCUGGAGCAGCCGACGCUCAGAAACACACACGAAUCUGAAGUGCCUCCUCCCAAUCCUUGGCAAAAUUGGACCAGAACCCCUAGUCCUUUUGAAGACAGGACAGCUUUUCCUUCCAAACUGGAAAGCACCCCCACCACCAGCCCUUUGCCUGAGCGGAAAAAUCAUGUCAAAGAGUCUCCUGAAAUGACUAGCACUUUCACUCCAGGAAUAGCAUGGGAAUAUCACGAUUCAAAUGCUAACAGAAGCCUCACAAAUGUCUUUUCCCAUAUCCACUGUCGCCCAGAUCCUUCCAAAAGCGUUAUUUCAAUCAGCAAGAGUACAGAACGGCUUUCUCCAAUGAUGAGGGAUUUAAAAACUAACAAAUUUAAGAAGUCACAAAGUAUCGAUGAGAUAGACAUUGGUACAUACAAAGUGUAUAAUAUACCCUUAGAAAACUAUGCAUCUGGUAAUGAUACUGUAGGAACCCAUGAGAGGGUGGACAAGCUCCUGGGCCCGGAGCACGGCAUGCUGAGCAUGUCCCGCAGCCAGUCGGUCCCCAUGCUGGACGAUGAGCUGCUGACCUACGGCAGCGUCAAGGUGCAGCCGCAGCAGAAGUCGUCCGUCACGAAGAAGGUCUACCAGUUCGACCAAAGCUUCAACCCGCAGGGAGCAGUGGAGGUCACAGCAGAGAAGAGGCUACCACCGCCUUUCCAGCUCAACCCCGAGUACAUUCCCCAGCAGAGUAAAAACCUGCCCCAGGAUCUGGUCAGCCCAAGGGCCUACCGCGGCUACCCCCCCGUGGAGCACAUGUUCUCCUUCUCCCAGCCUUCGGUGAACGAGGAGGCGGUCAGUGCCCCCUUUGCGAGCCAGGGGUCUCGUCCGGGGUUCUUGAGGAGGGCGGAUUCGUUGGCCAGCUCCACCGAGAUGUCCAUGUUCAGGAGAGUCAGUGAACCCCAUGAGCUGCCCCCAAGCGAUAGGUAUGGCAGGCCUCCGUACCGAGGAGCUGUGGAGCGCCAAGGCAGUAUCUCGGUCUCUGAGUCUCAGUUCCUCAAGAGGAACGGCAGGUAUGAAGACGAGCAUCCUUCCUACCAAGAAGUGAAAGCCCAUACUGGAAGCUUUCCAGUUAAAAACCUUACACAAAGGAGGCCAUUGUCUGCAAGAAGCUACAGUACAGAGAGUUAUGGCACAUCCCAAACCAGGCCGGUUUCAGCGAGGCCUACAAUGGCAGCUCUGCUGGAAAAGAUACCGUCAGACUAUAACUUGGGUAACUAUGGCGACAAGCCUUCCGAUAACAGUGAUAUAAAGACAAGGCCUACCCCUGUGAAGGGAAAUGAGAGCUGUGCUAAAAUGCCCGCUGACUGGAGACAACAGCUACUUAGACAUAUAGAAGCUAGAAGGUUAGACAGGACCGCUGCUUACAAACACAACACAGUUAGCCUUGGCAUGCUGCACUCUGGAGGUUUUUCAGCAAUGCAUGCCGGCAGAAGCAUGACUUUAAACUUGCAGACUAAAUCUAAAUUUGAAAACCAAAUGCUUCAAGAGCUACCUCUACCGAAUACCCCAUCGCAGCAGAGCAGCAUUCUGGACAACGGGCAGGAGGAGGUGUCUGUGAGCAGCCAGUGGAACCCCUACCCGCUGGGGCGGCGGGACGUGCCGCCGGACACCGUCACAAAGAAGGCAGGUAGCCAUAUCCAGACUUUAAUGGGAUCACAAAGCCUGCAGCAUCGGAGCCGCGAGCAGCAAUAUGAAGGAAACAUGAAUAAAGUCACCAUUCAGCAGUUUCAGCCACCACUCCCCAUUCAGAUUCCCUCUUCGCAGAGCUCUCGAGCACCUCAGACAGGGCGAUGUUUAAUCCAAACCAAGGGUCAGAGAAGUACGGAUGCAUAUCAGGAGCAGUUUUGUGUGAGAAUAGAGAAGAAUCCUGGCCUUGGUUUUAGUAUCAGUGGUGGAAUAAGUGGGCAAGGAAAUCCAUUCAAACCUUCUGAUAAGGGUAUCUUUGUUACUAGGGUUCAGCCUGACGGACCAGCAUCCAGCCUGCUCCAGCCUGGCGAUAAGAUCCUCCAGGCGAAUGGACACAGUUUUGUACAUAUGGAACAUGAGAAAGCUGUAUUAUUACUGAAGAGUUUCCAGAAUACAGUAGACCUAGUUAUUCAACGUGAGCUUACUGUCUAAAUAUUUUUUUAUAAAUAGUAAAUAUGUCUAGCCAGAUCUAAUGUUCAAACAGAUUUAUACAUAGGAAACAAAUUUUUUGCCAAUUGCUGGACCAAUGGCAAACAGUAGUGCCAAAUGUAUAAUACUAUAUGUUAGUACCAAUCAUCUUGAAAAAAAUAUAUUAACUAUAUAAAUAUAUUGUUCAUGUGG